AAACAAAAUGGCUGUUGUUGGUUAGGGAUUGACAUUUUAAUGUAUGUUUUUGAAAUUUUAACCCAAUUUGCGCAUAAAAAAUAAAUCAGCGAUGCUUCCAAAUGUUCCAGUGGAAGUGUUUUAAAAAACUUGUGAGUAUGUGUUGAGUCAAAGUGGUUCUUGAGUGAUGACCAGCCAAAACUCGCCAUUUCCUCAGAGAUAUCAACACAUUUUUGACUACAGUCAACAAACAGACGAUAAAUGGGAACCCAUGACCACUUCACAUCCACCCACAGUUCCUGCAAGGGGGAUCAAGAGGAGCACCCCUAGCGAAGUUUUCCGUCCACAUGAUGACCCUUCCUGGAUGGCGUCCCAAGAAGUGGCGUCACAAAUGGACAACAGUAUCAAGCACGAAUGUUUAAGAUCUCCUAAUAACAUGAACAUAAGUUCAGAUUGUAACAAUUUUAAAAAUGUCCGCCAUGACGUCAACGUUAACCAUGUCCCCAGUCUAAUGAGACCAAAUUCAAAAUUCAGUACAACACCGAGUUGGUUUCACGGUAACAUUUCUCGAGAAAAUGCUGAAAAUUUAUUGUCAGAACGGACCGAUGGACUUUUUCUCGUACGAGAAUCAACGAAUUUUCCGGGCGAUUAUACUCUGUGUGUGUGUUACGAUAAAAAAGUUGAACACUAUAGAGUAAAAUCAAACGGUGGUAAAUUAACAAUCGACGACGAGGAGUUUUUUGAUAAUCUCGAAGACAUGAUCGAACAUUACAAAAACGAUGCCGACGGUCUUUGUACGAAAUUAGUUAAAGCGUUGUGCAACGAAAAGUCAAAAGAAAACGACGACCUGUGCGUCAUUUCUGAACAUGAGCUCGAGAUUUGCGAGCCAAUCGGUAAAGGCGAAUUUUGCGAGGUGAUGUUGGGUAAAUGGAAGAAAAACAAGGUGGCGGUGAAGGUGUUAAAGGAUUCAAGCGAAGCGGAAGCUAUUUUGAUGAAAUCUCUUCAUCACGAAAAUUUGGUGAAUUUAUUGGGAAUUGUGAGAAAGAAAGAUCAGAUUUAUUUGGUGACGGAAUAUAUGAGUAAAGGAAGUUUAGUUGAUUAUUUGAGAUCGAGAGGGCGUUUACAUGUCACGAAAAAGGAUCAAAUCAAUUUUGCUUUCGAUACGAGUUCAGGCAUGGAGUAUUUAGAGAAAAUGCAUGUAGUUCAUAGGGAUUUAGCUGCUAGAAAUGUACUCAUUGCUGAAAAUGGGGUAGCGAAAGUGUCCGAUUUCGGAUUAGCGCGAAAUGAAAUGAAUCCGAUGUCGGAAUCGGCGAAGUUGCCGAUCAAGUGGACGGCUCCAGAAGCUUUGAAACGAAAUAUAUUCUCUAACAAAUCGGACAUGUGGAGCUUUGGGAUUCUCUUAUGGGAAAUUUAUUCUUUUGGGAGAGUUCCGUACCCGAGAAUACCUCUUGCUGAUGUCGUCAAGCAUGUAGAAAAAGGAUACAAAAUGGAGGCUCCAGAAGGCUGUCCUUCGGAAGUUUAUGAAAUUAUGAGACAGGCGUGGGAUUUAAGUCCGGAGAAAAGACCGACAUUUCAAAGCGUGAAGGCGAAACUUGCACAAUUGAAGCAACAGACUUCCUGAUUUAGUUCUAGUGUAUAAUAUAGAUAGAUGUAUGCGUGUGAGUGGAUGUGAAUGCACUUUGUGUGGUCCAUAAUGUAAUUUAACUUUUAUUGCAAUUAUUAUUCUAAUCAUGACUUUAGAUUUUUUAUUUUUACUGUACAAUUAUUUCUUUUGAAUGUUGUGUGUCUGACUAGAAAAAAUUGUUGAUUUUUCCGUACUCUUUUGUACACAAGUUGAUAUUUAUUUUUUAUUUCAAAUUAUGUAAAUUUGACGUACUUAAAUUGAAUAGUGUUCAAGUCAGCUGAAUCAAAAGUGACGUCGAUUUAUUUUGCUUUUUUUAGGUGUAAGCGUACUCAUUGGUCAAGUCCAAAUGUAAUUAUUUUGUAAAUGUUUUGUUUUAUAACUUUUCUAAAUUAAAAAUAUAUUAUUUUUUAUGUUA